AUUUGAUCGGACAGCAAUUUUCUAGAAACAGUGACACCGUGGUGGUGCCAUACUUAAAUCAGGCGGCACAUUCAUUAUUUUAAGGAAACUCCCACGUGACCAACGAGCAAGUGCUGCACAAUAUGAUAAGAUCAGUAUUGGCGCUAUUCCUUUUGGGAUGCGCAACGGCUCAAGCACAAACAAACCCUUGCGAAGGCCAACCUAAUUACCGUUUUGUAGCCGAUGCAACAAGCUGCUAUAAUUAUUUUACAUGUGUCAAUGGUGAACCUUUUCCACAAGAAUGUCCCGUGCCAUUUGUUUUUGUUGAAGCAACUCAGUCAUGCGACUAUGGUGAUCGAAACGCAUGCGUUAACUGUCCAGCGACCGGCAUUCAAAACUUUCCAGUAAGUGGUUCCUGCACCCAAUUUAUUCAGUGCAUCGAGGGUACCCAGUUUCCGCGUGAAUGCCCACCGGGUACUGCGUUCGACUCAAACAGUGGACAGUGCAACUUAGCAUCAGCAGUCAAUUGUAUAGCAUGUCCUGCCGAGGAUGAUCCUGCUAACCCGACUUUUAUACCAGAUGCAACCGACUGUCGGAAGUAUUUCAUUUGCGUCGGUGGUUCAGGAAUCGAACAAAUCUGCCCAGAAGGAACUAGCUUCAAUCCAUCGCUAAACGUUUGUGAUCUUCCGGACCGAGUGCAAUGUCCAGCUGCUCCUGUUCUGCUUCAAACAUCUCAAGCUUCGAAUGGAGCACUAUGUCAAAAUAAUCGGGGUAUGACAUUUGAGCCCGUUCCUAACAAAUGUAGUUCCUAUAUAAUGUGCCUUAAUUCCCUGCCAUACGAAAUGUCCUGCCCCUCCGGAAAGUCCUUUGAUAAAAUUGCUAAACUAUGCAUGAACACUGGCGAAGCUAAGUGUCUGUACGAUUUGGAAUCACUAUGCGGUGGUACGACCUUUGUAGUGAACACUGUUGCCUAUCCAAAUGAUUGCUCAAAAUACCUUUUGUGUAUCUACAACGAAGUCUAUGAAAUUGAGUGCUCCCCUCACCAGAAAUACGAUACGCGAACGAACCGUUGUGUCGACGCAAAUAAAGCACUCUGUGAAAACGACGGCCCGAUAAUCUCAGAACCGAACCCAUUUAUAAACCCAUGUGCAGAUAACGUAGGAGUUAACAUGGUGCCGGACCCUUCCAAUUGUCAGCGGUAUUUUACCUGCAUUAACACGCAAAGCUUCCCAAAUACUUGUCCCGGAAAUCAGAUAUUUGACAUUGUCUCAAAAAGUUGCGGACCCGUCAAGCAGUCCACUUGUAUCCACGAUGUCGCCCCAGCACCUCAAUCCCCUCCACCACCACCACCACCACCGCCACCACCACCACAACCAUCACCAUCACCAUCCCCUACCCCUAUUCCGAGACCACCAGCUCCAGCACCUUCCAAUCCUAACAAUCCGUGCCGAAAUAAUAAUGGCAUAACUUACAAGCCCCAUGCGAUCGAUUGCACGCGAUACUUUAUGUGUAUGGAUACUCAGUCUAUCGAACGAUCAUGCCCAGCUGGUCAAGUAUUCGAUAUCUAUCUAAAAGCUUGUGGUUCCAAACAAACGUCCACCUGCAUUCUGGAUAUUAAUCCGUGCGAUAAAAACACGGGUAUUGCCUACAAACCACAUCCUAGCGAUUGUACCCUAUAUUACAUGUGUAUGGAUACACAGGCAAUUGACCGAUCGUGCGGCUCGGGGCAAAUAUUCGAUAUCGAAAAGCUUGCCUGCGGUCCAGAAUCGACCUCUGUAUGCAUUUUAGAUCAGAAACCAGCAGAACCGAUUCCCACCACUUUACCACCGAGCCCUACCACACCGUCCCCCGCCAUCAACCCGUGCGCAAACAACGUCGGAAUUGCUUAUCUUCCACAUCCACAGGAUUGUAAUCGGUACUAUAUGUGUAUGGACUCACAGGCUCUCGAGCGGUCAUGUGCCUUUGGAGAAAUAUUUGAUAUUUAUAAAACUACUUGUGGUCCUAGUGAGACAUCGAGUUGCAUCUUGAAUCCCACUCCAACAAGUACUCCUGGCGAUAUCCCAAAGCCCCCAACGUCUCCUCCAAACUUGAACCCCUUAUUUGUUUGUCCUGAACCAACAGGAAAUUUCCCGCAUCCUACCAAUUGCAACCUUUACUAUCUUUGCAUCAAUAGCCAAUCGUUUCAGCGUGAAUGCGGUCCUAACCUAGUAUUUGAUAUCCAAAUCAUGCAAUGCAACCGUCCCGAAGAUUCCAUUUGCCAAGCUGAUCUUGUCACUCCCCCAACUGCUGGUACGGGUGCAGCGACUCCACCACCACCAACUUUUCCAACACCACCAACAGUAGGAACCACUACUGAAGCUACGCCACCUGUACCCACAGCACCUACUCCACCCGUUACAGAGGGUGAUGAACCAACUGCUCCAACUGCUGGGCCUACCACAAUACCUCCUUCUGUUCCCACUGCUCCCACUGUUCCUGGACCUGAACCCACACUUCCUCCACCAACUCCGCCAGCCUCUGUCCCAACUGCUCCGUCUCCAUCCCCUACCGUUCCGACUGCUCCGUCUCCUGCACCCACCACUACUACUACACCUGCACCAACUCCCGCCCCUACUACUCCAACUCCUGUUCCCACACCAGCACCAACUCCUGCACCAACACCGGCACCAACGCCGGCACCAACACCAGCACCAACGCCAGCUCCAACACCUGGGGUUCCAGGUAACCCUCCUUACUGUCCGGUUGAUCAAACAUUCUAUUAUCCCCACCCAAACUGCUCAAUGUUCUACCGUUGUGUGUGGGGCACUUUAUUCGAAAUGACCUGUCCACCAAAUCAGUUCUGGAACCAAGAACAAAGUUUCUGCGAUCAUCCUUUCAACGUUAACUGUCCCUCAGCAGGCAAAUAAUAAACUUUUUACAAGAUGAUGUUUAUCGUUGGGAAUGUCACAAUAAACGCCACUGAUUCUACCCCUUA